AUGUCAUCUCGUGUUUCCAGCAGAUUGCCUGAGCCACUCUCACCCGGCCAGGGGGAAAGUAUAUGCGAGACACUACGUGCAGGAUUACCGUCCUACGAUUCUAUCAUGAAAGUUGCAUUGGCGCACAAAGGCUGGUGGGUUCGAAUACACAGAGCUGUUCGUGGCAUGUAUGACGAUACGAUUGAGUCUUUCCCAGACUUCGUCAGGCGAGCCUACACGAGCAAUCGGCCUUCAGAGCUGGGUAAGAUGGCGACUGCGUUCGCUUUCGCUUCUGAUGUUGAUGGGUUCCAUAUCUACACCUUGGUCGACCGCCUCGUUGUCUCUGACAUGGCGUAUAUGUCUACUGUGGAAGGCUUGGAGUGCCUGAUCUUGCUGGCCAUUCUCUAUGCGGACGAGGGCCAGCCCAGAAGAUCAUGGAUGAUCUAUCGCAGAGGAGUAGUGGUUGCGCAGUUAACGGACCUGUACCAGGCUGGCCUCCGAUCAACAGCCAAGAGACGGCUCUGGCUGUCCAUCUACCAAGCAGACCGCAUGAUGAGCAUGUUCCUCGGGCUGCCGUACGGCUUUGUCGACAUGCACCAUCAGCAAAUCCUAGAGGUGAAGCCCGAAAAUGACUACUUGGAUUCGACCAUGACAAUCCGCUGUGCGAUGAUAGCCGGAAAGGUCAUUGACCGAAACCACUCGCGUACAAAGGCUUCCAUCUCCAAGGCACUGGAACUGGACGAGGAGAUGAAUGAGCUUGCAACGUCUUUCCCAGAAACCUGGUGGGAGCUUCCUGACCGGGUCCAAGCCGAUGGCCACGAUUUCGACGAAAUCCAUGUCCGGCUGCACCAGCAACUCUUCUUCUUCCACCUGCGACUCUACAUUUACCUACCGUUCCUCAGCGGUUCCGAAGAAAACUCUGUGCACGGUUCAAUCGUGCGCGUCGCCAGCAUGGAGGCUGCACGACAGCUGCUGAGGCGCUACCUGAGUCUGCAUAGUGACGCGGAGGGGCUGAGCCCGUCUGAGUGCAAGCUCGUGGACUUUAUGGCAUUUACCGGCGCCAUUGUCUUACUUCUA